UGGUGCUCAAGGUAUUUUAUAUAUGAGUUUCAUGGUAUUCGGUCGGGUGAAUGUGGGAGAUCUGCAAGUCCCUUAUGUAAAAUGGGCAUGCCCUUGCCCUCGAGGUGUCAUGUGGUAGCAUCAGCUGUCUUUACUGCGGUUGCCAAAGCGUCUAAAGUGGUCCUACCUUGUAAUAUUAAUGGUAAGCUGACGAUCCUCCCGGACUCGUUGACGUCCUGGGAAAGUGCAGGCAGCUCAUUCAAGGCUAUGUCUGUUGCUGAGAACAACUGGACUAUGAUUCCCUCGAAUGUCAUAUCCUAGAUUGAUACCGACAGCGUUCGUGCUGAUGAUCAUUUCGGCUUCUGAAUCAUGAUUGGUUCGGUCGGAUCAGGUGCAGUGUCACUGAAG